AUGCAAGUAAAUGCCUGUCACCGGGUACUCACUGAAAUUUUAAUAUCUUUUCUAUCACACGCAGUCACGUGUGCUGACCAUCCUUGUGAACAUGAUGGUGUUUGUAUUGAUGAUGAUGUGUCGUAUUCGUGUUCCUGUGGAGCUGGAUACUCUGGAUCCAACUGCGAAAUUAUAGGUAAUGAUGUGAGUCUUUAAUUUAAAAAAGAUUGCUGAACUAUAUUUCAAACUAGAAAUCCCACCUCUCGAUGUAGACACAAAGGGUCACUACUUCAUUAACUAUUCCUCUCUCUUCUAGUCAUUUUGGCGUUCAGACACUUCUUGCUGUAUAUCUCAAAUUUAGGGCCUCCCUCUUCUAAUAAACCACCAUUGCAAAAGUGCUGAAAAUAACUCCCCGAUAGCCUCUAUUUAGCCCCCAUCUUUACGGAAACCAUUUAAUUUAAUUACGGGAACCACUGAAUAUUUUGGUAAAAUACAAAACAAUAGAUACUGAAUUUAUUUCGACGUUUCGACGAAACUAUAUAGUUAUCAUCAGGAAAUGAAUGAUGAACAUAUUACAUAUGUACAAGUAUAUAUAGUGAAGUAACAAGAUACUAUCUAGAUGCUAUCGUAUCUUGUUACUUCAAUAUAUACUUGUACAUCUGUUAUAUCAUCAUCAUUCAUUUCCUGAUGAUGACUAUAUAGCUAAGUCGAAACGUCGAAAUAAAUUUUUCAAAAUGCUUUCAAUUUUCGGAGUAUCUAUUGUUUUGUAUUUAAUUUAAUAUUUUCUUAAAAUAAAUGUCUUUAUUUUGAUCGAAAACAAUAAUAAAUUUAUAAAAUAACGUUUUGUCUCAAAUUUUUGAGAUGGCUAAGUGCCUUUGCCUGAGCAUUCUUUUUUCAUGUUGGAAUUAAUUAUGCGAAAUGUUAACCACCCUCUUGUCCCUAAAAGAGGCCGUGCAUGUAGCAAUCCGGCAUUUCCAGACCCUACUGCAAAAAUCUCAAGUGUAAAGACUUACCCAAAUCGCUGUAGUAUAUAAUUUCAGUAUUGAAAAAUGGCCUUUGAGCAUUCUGAUGAACUUUUUCAGUGCUGAAGUUAUACUAAAACAAUAUUAGUCGCCUCACGCUCGGUGAUUAUAAGUAAUCUAGGACCUGAAUAGGAGUUUGUAUGCGUUUCAUUUAGCACAGGCAAUCUCAACUAUUUUAGGCGGUCAACAUCACGGUGCCAAAACCUGAAUCCGGGACGAAAGUCCUGAAAAUGACCCAGCCCCGCUGAAACGGCAGUGCCGACAUUGCUCUAACUUCCGAAAAACAGAAGCAACAGCCUUUCUGAAGUGCUGAUAGUGUUUAGAAAGAUUGCUUUUAGGAGUGGGUAUUGCAAGGAAAAAUUUGUUUAAGUAUAAUAUUUUACAAGAAAAUGACAUGCAGUACCACCCGAGGUCAACUGCUAUUUAUGCAUGAAAUGACUAAUAUAUACCUGGCAGAGAUUAUAUUUUCUUAUUUCCUAAAAAAUGUUAUCAUGGGAUGAAAACUAUACUUAAUUCAAUAUAAUUAUUGUAGAUUUCAUAAGGAUUGUCAUUGUUUUGUUUAAUUUAAAUAUAAUUGCUACAUUUUAUUUCACUUACCCCCUAUCAAAACACGAUUUCAGCCAUAUUUUGCCGUCUUGUUUGCUUUUUAGUUUUUAUCGCGGAGUCUCGUAAAUAACAUCCUGUUGUUCUACUUUAACAUAAUGAUAAAUGGCUAAAGAAGAUUUCAACAAAGUUUCGUCAAGUUUUGAAGCAAUGGCAGUGUAUUUUAUCUUCGAUAUUGUAUUCUUCGAUAUUUCGUCCAGUAUGCCGUACUUGCCGUCAUUGCAAUGCCUCGCCGCUUCUCUGCCCGAUGAAUGCCACUUCUUUGUCUUCAUAUGUAUUUAGCAAGUAUUUAGAUUACAGUAUCCACGAGUGUUUCAUUGUAGAAAAGUCCCAAUCGAAAAAUUGAAAAUAUUAGUAGCACUUGAAAUGAAAAGCCUCCCAUAACAUUUUUAGGAUUAGAAUAGAAAACCCACGUUUAAAAAUAAUUUCGGAAAGUCGGAGCCAUCUUCGUGAAAACUCCUCGUAGGCUACUUGACAGGGAGCCCGACUAUUUUCACGAAACGUUUGUUCGCCACCACAAAAGCGCAAGUAAAAAUAUUAUAUUUAUUGUAUUUUAUGAUUUAUGAUAAAAACAAUAAAUAUUUGCGCAUUUUUAUCAUAAAUCAUAAAAAUACAAUAAAUAUAAUAUAAAUUAUUAUUUACUUCAUGCUUGCGUUGCUGUAAACAAACGUUUCGUGAAAAUAUUCGCCCCCCCCCCUCCCCCCUGUCAAGUAACCCACAAGGAGUCUUUGCGAGGAUUAAGCGUGAUUUUAAAAUUAUUUUUAAACUUGUGUUUUGGAUUCUGAUCGUAAAUGUGUUACGAGAGGUUUUUCCUUUCAAGUGCAAGUAAUGUUUGCAAUUUUUCGAUUUUGGACUGUACAAUGAAGCACUCUUGAAUACUGUAAUCUAAAUACAUAUGAUGACGAAGAAGUGGCAUUUAUUUGGCAGAGAAGCGGUGAGGCAUUGUAAUGCGGCAUAUUAGACCAAAUACCGGACACAAUAUCUAAGAGAAAAUACACUGCACUGCUUCAAUACUUGACGAAACUUAGCCAUCUAUCAUUAUGCAAAAGUACAACAAUUGGAUAUACUUGCGAGACUCGGCGAUAAAAAGCAAACAAGAUGGCAAAAUAUGGCUGAAAUUGUGUUUUCGUGGGGGUUAAGUAAAAUAAAAUGGAUUAUAUUUAAACAAAUUAAAACAAUAACAAUCCUUAUGAAAUCUACAAUAAUGAAAUUUAGCAUAGUUUUUCAUCCCAUAAUAACAUUUUUUAGGAUAUACGAAAAGCUGUAAAAAAGCUAUAAUAUACGACUAUUAAUAAGGCUUGUUGUCCACCAGGGACGCCGCGAAGCGAUCAUCAUUGGGGGGCAGGGGGGGGGGUGUCGUCAUGUUUUGACCAAGAUUUCCUAGGAUUUUGACCAAGUCGUACAAAUUUGUCCCGAAAUGUUGUCGACGGGGGCGGGGGGAGGUCAAAAAAAUUUCAGGACUAAUAUGAGCAUGUCGCCCAAGAUAAGCCUUGCUUAUCGACGAAGAUAAGCAAGGCUGCCAAUUUUUUCACCGCAAACAUAACAAAAGCUUUAAAAUUGUUAAAAUUGCCAACCAUUUCAUAACUUUGGUCAACUUCGAUCAUCUUCGAUUAGUCAUCGUAUCCAUUUUGUAUUUAUAUUACAACGUGGGCUUGCUUGAAAUCUGUUUAUGGAUCGUCCAAAUAUGUCUAGUUCCACGGCGUAUCAAGUAAAAAGGUUUUUCUUUUUUAGUCAAUAUAUACCCAUUAUAAUAUAAGUGUGAUGUAACAGACAAUUCGAUUGGGUAAUGCGCGUGCAUUGUGACGCAAUAAUGCACUGUGAUCUGUGACACUGCCUUGCUCUUUCUCUGUUUAUUUUCCCCCUCUUCAUCACCGCUUUUUAGCCAAAAAUAUAAACAAAACUAUAGAGCUUUGAAAAUACAAAAUUUACCAGAGAGCAAGAAGGAAUAGACCAAAGGAACGAAGCAAUUUUCUAUAGUUCUACACCAAAAUUAACCGGCUUGGCAAUCUUCGAAUUUGUUGUUGUUUCGACAAGUUUUUGAUAAAAGCGUGCAAAAUAGCCGAGAAAAAACUUGAAAAAGAUACAGGAAUACCAAAUACAUACAAAAAGGCAACAAUAUGAAUAUAUGUGAAUAUAUGAAUAUAUGUGAAUUAGAAAGUAUCUUCAAUUCUUCUGAUAAUAACUGCUAGAUAUAUUUUCGGCGAAAGACAAAAAAUACAAUAAUUGCAAAAAUUAAAACUAUAAACAUGACGAAACAUGCGAUUUACCGUCUUUCAUGGCAAAUCCAGCAGCCCAGAUGCUGAAAAACUUUGGCAAAUUAGUGGAUCAAAGUUUUUUAUUUCCACUAUUUUAAACAUUUUUCCGGCUUUAUAGCAUCAAAAGUUUGUAUGUUGUUUUGGCAAUUUUGCUCCUUCGCUCGCUUAAAAAUUCAAGCGACAGUAAAAGCAUGCGCGUGACGUCACUGAGUACGCACAUGUUAGGGGAAUUUCAACGUCGAUCUUUUGAGUAAAAUUGUUUACUAUGUAAUAUCUUCUACUUAUAUUAUAAAAGAAAUAGAAAAACUCGUCACGUGCGUUUAUUGUGCGAUAAUGCACUCGGGGAAUGAUGGGAGAAUACUCGAGAAGCGUGUAAAACACUCGGCUACGGCUCGUGUAUUACACGCUUCUCUCUUAUUCUCCCAACAUUCCCCGCUUGCAUUAUCACACCACAAACGCACGCGACUCGUUUUCUAUUUCUUAAAUAACGAUUUAUUUAACUAAAUUAGCGGUGAGAAACACAGUUGGGCGAACUUUGUUUAUGUGUGCAAUGAAGACCAACGAGAGACAGGGGGGACUCUAUUGCAGUGCAGAUUGCGUCUUAAUUGAACUCAAAUAUCUGGUAUUAUUUUUACUUUUAUAUAAUUGCAAGAACUUCCCUGCGGCCAGGAUAUAUUCACAGAUUUAGAUCUAAAAGGUAAGCAACAGCGCCAGUUUAAAAAAAGAGCAAAUAUGAGAAGUUCACUUCUAGAUAAAAAUAGGCUUUUAUACACGAGCCAAUGACCCAAAUUCCGGGCGUACUCCAGGGGCGAAGGUUUAAUCCCGCUCUCCUGUUUACACCCAGGUAUGUGAGAACAUAUCAUAGUGCAAAGAUUUUCGCAAUUAAGUCAUGGACAUUGAACAGUUUUCUUAGUUAUGUGCAUCUCGAGCACACAUGCGAGAGUGUAGUGGCAUCAUUUAGUGGGUUCAGCUAAAGAUUUGGUUUACUUAAAUCACGUCACUCUCUUGCUCGGCCGUGAAACCCUGGGAACGAGGGAAAAUGGUUGAGAACUCGAAAAGUAUUUCAUUACGUGCUCGCAAGAUUAUUAUUGUUCGCAAAGAAACAAUUGCUCCGUUAUAUGUGCAGUCUAACUUUAAUUUCGCUACUGCAUGCAUGGUGUCUGCAUAUAUUUAUAAUUUAUGUACUAUUUAAAACAUUCGUAUCCGAUUUUUAUCUGAUAUACAAACUCCAGCCGAAGGCGAGAGUUUGUAUGCCAGAUAAAGGUCGGAUGCGAAUGUUUUAACGUACUAUAAAAACGACCCAUCUGAUGAGUUAAUUAAUUGGCGAAGUAAUUUUAAAAAUUAAUGAACAUUGUCUAACCCGAGAAAAUAAAAGCUGAAGUUUCAUAUGUAAAUCAGGACAAAUCUUUAUCCGAUUUAAAAACAUUGAUUAAACAUUCAUUUCUUUUGUGUUUUCUUUAUCAAUUAUUAAUGAGUUUUUUAAGUAUAGACAAAUAUGACGAAAGAUAUAACUGAUUUAUAUUAUCUUUACUCUUUAGAUCAAUGUGCUUCCAACAAAUGCCCAAGUCAGCAAAAGUGUAUGAUGGAUACAGAUGGAAACGCCUUGUGCUUUUGUAAACCUGGAUUAUCUGGAGAUGAUUGUUCAGACCAAGGUAACUCAAUGGACGAUUUUCCCUCCCUGCCCAUGCCUGAUAUUCUGACAGAUUUGAAUCGGCAGUAUUUCUACAUUUCACUUCACUGUUUUGUUUUUCUCAAUUCCUAGGAUAUACACUUCUUCCAUACCCCUAUUUCUUUGAUCCACUACAGUGCUAAUAAAAGGACGCAGUACGCGCGUGAAAUAUGCCGUAUUUUCACAACAAUUAUUUUGUGAAAAAUUUAUACCAGUCUUUAUUGUUCAUUCGAAAUAGACGCUGCAGCCGGACAGCUGAGCGCUUUCAGCGGUGGUUGCGGUACGAAGAAGAUAUAAUACGACUACAUAAGUUGUUUUACUCAAUUGCAUGAGAUUAUUCAGUAUCCUCAUUUUGGAAAAUACUUAUUUUUUAAAAACACCCUGUAGUUACCAGGUGCGAGCAGGUUGUUUGCUUGCAUGAUGGGAAGUGUAUCGAUGAAAAUGGAAAAUUCCAUUGUAAUUGUGUAGCAGAAUACAAGGGAGCAAAUUGUGAAAACAGAGGUAAUUAGCACUUUCUUUACUGAUUUACUACGUAUAUAUAUAUAUAUAUAUAUAUAUAUAUAUAUAUAUAUAUAGAGUAUAUAUAUAUAGAUAUAUAUAGAUAUAUAUAUAUAUAUAUAUAUAUAUAUAUAUAUAUAUUUAUAUCUUAAAAUUAAUUAUUGCUACUCAAGUUUCACGCCUUAUUCAAGACGAUCUUCUUCAUUUUUAUGUUUUAUUUUUAUUUCUUCUUCAUUUUUUUUUUCUUCAUUCUUAUUCAAGACGAUCUUCUUCAUUUUUAUGUUCUUCUUCUUCAUCUUUAUAUAUAUAUAUAUAUAUAUAUAUAUAUAUAUAUAUAUAUAUAUAUAUAUAUAUAUAUAUAUAUAUAUAAAGAUGCGUAGGGAGACCAUCGUGAUACACUGAGCAAGCAUAUCCAAUUAAAGAUCUGAUGCAGGAUUUGAAUAAUUGUACCGAUUCCAAACAACCCACUUUGUCGUGCUUUAACUGGGUUAGGAAGUACAAUCUUUUUGAAGAUUUUUUUAACGAGUUCGCUAACAUCAUAAUUCCAUUUUAAGUUCUCCGAUACAUUCAGGCCCAGAAUUUUGGCAUGUGGGACAACUUCAGGGGGGGGGGGGUUAUUUAUCGUAACAGGUGGAAAUUCUUUUUCCGAUUUCGUAAAACUAAUUCUCAAUUCUUUACAUUUGCGCUCAUUCAACACGAACUUUUCGGCUUUGGACUUUCGUACGAACUCAUCUACGCGGUUGAUUCUAUAUAUGACUGACUUCAUCUUUUUUAACAGUUUCGGAGAUGUUUGCGUCGCCUACAUAUUUCCAUAUCACAUCGUUAGAGACAUUUAAAUCGUUGAUCAUGACUAAAAAUAGGGAUCGAACCCGACUCCGAAACACAAUCUUGGCAGAUUUUAACUCUUUGUUUGCGGUUCAACAAGAAAUCUAUAAUUAUCCAAUUGACAACAUUAUGUGGAAUUUCGUACGACACUAUAGUUUCUGAAUUAAAAUAUUAUGAUCGAUCAGAUCGAAGGCCUUUUUGAAAUCGAAUAAUACAAUCCUCACUGUUGCACAAUUACUAUCACUGUCACAGUUCCAUUUAUGUAACAUGCUAAUAAGAGCAUAGGUGUAGCAUGCUAUAAUAAAAACAUGGCUAUUUAAUUAUUCAAGGUAUAUUGAAACAAACCAAAAAUACACUGGACGGGGAUAGUUUAUACAUUAAUAAAAACGUUUUCUAACAUUUAAAAUCUAAAAAUAAACAGAAGUUAAAUUAAAAAUUACCGUUUAAGACCCGGAGGCGUGUGAAAAUUUCUUGAAAAAUUGUCGAAUAACGAACUUAAGACACAAAAGUAAGAAAACUAACGAAUAGUUGAGCAUUUGCACACGAUUAAAUUGUGGAGUAAAUCAUUACCCUUAUAUAGUCAACGCAAAAAUUAUACAUGCUACGCAAAAAACCUUUUGACAAGAAUGUGGAUCAUAUGAACCUACAAAAAUAUCUUUGCAUGGUUCAGUUAAAGAACGUUUUUUACAAUAAAUUUAUCGACAGUCACCUUUGGUUUAUUUUCAUGCAUAAUACUACUACUUGCACAUGUAGACUAUAAUUAUUUCUAGUUAUUAGGUUGUCAUGUUCAUUAUUCUUCUUGCAUUUUCAUAGAAAAGGCAAAACUUCGGAAAACUUGACACCACGUUCGAAUACAUAUUUCAGUAAUGUUGACGCAUACGUUUUUCCGCCGUGUUGCGAGAAACAAACUUAAAAUCCAUUUCGUUUAAGGUGGUCCUAAGUUGAAAACAGUGUUAGUCGUGACGUAAUUACCGGGAAAGUCCAUUCUCAUGACCAUAUAUGCUACCUAUAUACCAUUGUCAUAAAAUAAAAAGAGCACUAUUAAUAUACGGACUAAUUACGGUACAACUAAAGGCGGUUUUCCACUUUCCGAAUCGAAAUUUUCUUUUGUCUUACAAGCACUCAGAUGGAACUAAACAGAAAUCGUUUGAAUUUGAACAAUAGAAAUUUCGGUUAGAUCGAAAAAUUUUGCGUAGUGGAAAACCGCUUUAAGUAAGUCAAAAUUAAUAAAACACAGGGCAAAAGACAAAAAGAACAUCAAAACUGUUACUGAAUUUUGUUCUUUUAGUCAGUGGUGAGAUUUUGUAUCCUCCACAUAAGAAAUACUUCUGCCCAGUUGUGCAAACGAUCGGAGAGAGAGGUAAAACGUAUAAGGUUAUUUUUGUUUUCAUAAUGCGUAAUGUAUAAACCAUAAUUCUUGAAUCAAAACUUGAAAUGUGAAUUCUUAUGACCAGCUGUCACUAUAUACUUAUAUAGUUCUCACUUCUCGUAAUUGAAAACCCGAAAGAAAGUUGGAAGAAAUAUAUUUUAAAAUUUUUGCUUUCCGAGCACUUUAGAAUGUUCUUAUAAAUGUACAUAUUUAAAUUUCCCUUCGAUAUAAUUUCCAUCUACGAGACCUUUCAACUAUUAUUGAAUCGAGUGAGACGCCACUGAAAACCUCUUUACAUGGCAAUAUAAUAUGUUCGAUGCUGAAAUAAUAUAAACGAAUAAUUAUGUUUAUGACAUUCAGUAUAUAUUUCAUAAUUUCCAGUCUUAAAUCCGUCUGACCGUGUGGCUCAGUUGGUAGAGCGUCGAUCUAGUAAUUCGAAGGUCGCGGGUUACCCAGCCGCGGCAGACAACAUCUUUCUCCUUGCGCUGGGUAUGGAAAUUAUAUAAUACACACUCUAGAACAUUUUCAUCUUAUUUUGGUAGAGGUAUGAUAAUGGAAAUAAAAUACAUUUCAUCCAUCUGUAUAGAAUUAUGUAAAUUGUACGUGUUUGUCUAGGUGGCUGUCGUAAGUGUUCUGCAAGUUUGGGUGAGUAUAUAUUCAUAUUCCAAACUUUAACACAGUAACUAAUACAAAUUCAUCAAUUUUUAAUAAUCGCAUAAUCGUUUAUACUAGAAUAACAAAAUCCAAUUUAAUAAGCUAAUAUAUAUAUUAGUUACAUCUGCCAACCAUACGGAUUAAAUAGGCCAAUCAAUGUUAAAUUAAAUUUGUGCCAUUGCUGUUUGGUAAUUAAUGUAACAACUGAAAAAAAACCCAAACGUUAUUAUAUAGCCCCGGCCAAACGACGAUGAGAGUUUUUGAGAGUUAAAGACGUUAUGGGGGACAUUUCAAGCUAAGAUUUCUCUAUAAUUUAACAAAAUAAAGGUUUGACGAGUCUUGUUUCAAUUAUCAUGAAUAGAAGAAUAUGAUAAUGCUGGAAAACAUUAAACUAUCAGCUCUCAUGCACUCUAAUAAUUUGAUCGUGGCAUUACUCUAAAACUAACCGCAAACUCUUCUGUUAUGUAGCACUAUUAAUUCGUCAUGCAUGAAUAAUGUGCGCAGCGCAAUGAGCUUGACAUAUAUAGCUUUUUCGAGUGUAUUUUGUCAUUGUCUUAUUCUUCUACUCUUCACUUUCAGAAAAUUGUCCGGGUUGCUGUGGCGAAAAAAGUGAGUAGAAUAUGGUCAGUUGGCCUUUUAUUUUUUAAAGCGUCUCAUCGACAAGUCCCAAUUAAACAAGGGAGACAUCGCGCUACAACUGGCUAACGAUUUUGUAAGGUUACAUCUGCAGUGUGGUACAUCCAACAAGGACAUAAAUACGACCGUUCGAUUCAGGGAAACAAUAUCUCCUUAUUCCUAACGAUAGCGUUAGUCAAUGUCAACAUUGUGAGAGGGGGAGGGGCUUUGAAAAAAUAAAGAGAGACGAAAGAAGGGGGCUUUGAAAAUAUUUACCCGUUUGAAAAAAACAUUAGUAGUAAGUUUUAAAAAUGUAUCACAAAACAACUUAACAACAAAUAACAAUGCUUAUAGACCUUUAAUAUUCAUAAAUGGAAGCCAAAUAAACAGUCUCCUAUGUUCAUGUAAAUAGACAAUUCCCAUUAUAGACUAAUUUUAGAACUAGGCAAAGAGAUGCAAAUCAAGGCCGGAUUUUGGUGAAAAUAGUGGGGGAGGUGGAGAAAAUGUUAGGGGAGGUGCAGCGGUAGACCGCUGUAGGUUAGGGCUUAAGUUAGGGCUUAUUGUAGAACAGGCCAAUAACAACGAGGUGAGGUAUGCAUGUAGUGUACAUAUGUACCAGUGUAUUAAUUAAUGAAGUAUGAAUGUAUGAC